AUGUCGAAUAACCAAGAGCGCAGCGCCUCGGCCGUUGCCAAUACCAUCAGCAACAAUGCAGGCCGAGCCGGUGGUGAUCAGCUGACAGGGCAAAGAGCAAACAUCUCGGGAACAGCAACACCAGUGACGACACCAGCAACAGCGACACCUUCACCCCAGCGACCGCGACAUCACUUUACGCGAUCAUUAUCAGAGUUGUCGUCGCCUCUGCGCCUACGCCGACAAAGCCAAAGUCAAAUCCAAAGCCAAAGCCAAAACCAAAGCCAAAGCCAAAUCCAGAACCACGGUCCGGCGUCCAGACACAACCCGAGUUCGAGCCAGGGCCAGAUCCAAAGUCAAACGCAGAGUCGACGAAACACCAACGCUCGCGACGACGACUCCUACCAAGACGGUCGUGGUCCGUCUUCUACACGGACGGGUGUUGCCUCUACCGGAUCUCCGGCGAACGGCGUUAGCCCGUCCCCGAACAACACACCGGCCACGCCUUCCCACAGUCCCCGCCUCGCGCCCCUUAGCAAGUCACGCACAACAAGCGGCCUUGGUAGCACCCUUGCAUCGGCUGCUGUUUUAACGGGAAACUUCUCUCUGGCACCGCACGACCCCAACGCAUCCAGCUCCAAUACGUCAAGUCGGACCGGUGCCUCGUCCACGACGGCCAGCCCUACUUCCAGCCGUCGGCCUAGUGUGCAGACCGGCAAAGACCAAUACAACAACCAUCCCUACGACGAGAGCCGCAACAUGCAGUCACAACAAGCAGAGGCGCACGACAGCGCCCGUCACCAGCGUCAUCAUCACCACCGACACCUCCACAACCUCAGCACUAGCAGCACCGCUGGCUACAUGAGUAGUCACUCUACAACGAUCGCGGCGCUUGCUGCUGCAGCCACGGCCGUGGCAGCUGCAUCGCCAACGACCCAGACACCUGGCAUGCCUGGCACAUUAAACCACGCCCAGCCCGGUGCCGACACAGAGGCAGCGGACCGGUCUCAAGAUGACAUGCUGCUGCAACAGGAAAAACAAGGGCCUGCAGUUUCAGGUGCCAGCCGGUCCGCACCGGGCCUGCCCAUCGACCCAGCGGCCGUUCAUGCUGCGGCCGCCGCUCUGGAGCGCAUGCAGCGUGAGCAGAGCCGCAGCGCCGCGCGUGUGCUGCAUUCUGCCGUUACCGACCUCGACGGUAUGUCCACGACCACGAGUCAACGCCUCGACGCCGCCUAUGGAUCCGUGCUGUCUCGCCUCAGUGAGCUGCAGGACACGGUCCUGGCCCUGCGGUCGCUGGCGGCAGCCGCGCGCGCCACCAACCACCGCUUCACGGUCGAGACCGAGUCCAUCACGCACGAGAUUGACCAGCAGGUGCAGCAGCUCGAGGGCGACAGAACAGGCAGCGUAGGCAAAGAUGGCGCGCCCGUGCUGACGCCGGCCGACCAGCAGCACCGGCUCGAGCAGUUGUCGGAGCGCGUGCACCGUGGCCGGCAGGCGAUCCAGGAUCUGGCCGAGCGCGUGGAGACGGUCCGUGAUCGUGUACAGCGGUGGGAGCGAGCGGACCGGGCGUGGCAGGAGCGGACGCGGUCGCGGCUUAAGGCGCUGUGGGUGAUUGUGUUGAGCGUGAUGCUGGUGUUGGUCGUGCUGCUGGCGAUUAUGCUGGGGCAUUCCGGAGAGCCGGCGGCCCAGGAGGGUGUCGACGUGGGGGCUCAAUCGGAGGCAUCAGAUGCACAUGGCAAGCCCAACUUCCCACCGGGCUUCCCCGAUCUAGCGUCCAUGACGGCGUCGACUAGCAAGUUUCACUUGACGUUUCCCAACGGCACCACAGGCGGCCGCAACAAUGGUGACAGAGACGGUCCUGUCGCCAGUGAUGCGAAUGACGAUCCACUCCAGCGACUGUUUGAAGAGCUAUGA